CGGGUGCGCGCCUCAGUCCAAGAUGGCUACUGGAGACAAUAGCGGUCGGGUUCCGUGUUUAAAUUUCUCCGGACACGGACCUUUGGGUAACAGCCAACCGAGCAACAGUCCUUACGCCUUGGCUGCGAGUCACGGAGGAUCCGUCGGAGGCAAUGGAGGCUCUCAUGGCGUAACGAGACGCUCAAACCCUCAAACGGGGCCCGCGGGAAUGGAAAGCCCCGGUGUCGCGUCUGGACCUCCGCCGAAUCUGAUGAACUCUCUCCCGGCUGCGGCAGCGGUGAUGGGCCCGCUGGCUGCGCCCGCCUCGAAUAUGACCGGAAGCCCGUCUAACGCAGUCGUGACACCGGCCACACACUCGUCUCUGUCCGCAGCUGCCGUGCUCGUGUACCGGGAGCCCGUUUAUAACUGGCAGGCGACGAAAAGCACCGUUAAAGAGAGAUUUGCGUUCUUGUUCAAUAAUGAAGUGCUGAGUGAUGUUCACUUUCUAGUGGGUAAAGGGAUGGGAGUCCAGCGGAUACCUGCACACAGGUUUGUUCUGGCAGCCGGCAGUGCGGUGUUCGAUGCCAUGUUUAACGGAGGCAUGGCCACCACAUCCACAGAGAUCGAGCUUCCGGAUGUAGAAGCUGCUGCCUUCCUUUCAUUGCUCAAGUUCCUGUACUCUGAUGAGGUUCAGAUCGGGCCGGAGACGGUGAUGACGACUCUCUACACCGCCAAGAAAUACGCUGUCCCGGCCCUGGAGGCUCACUGUGUGGACUUCCUGAAGAAGAACCUGCGGGCGGACAACGCGUUCAUGCUGCUUACACAGGCGAGACUCUUCGACGAGCCUCAGCUGGCCAGUCUGUGCCUGGAGAACAUCGACAAGAACACCGGAGACGCUCUGGCUGCGGAGGGAUUCACAGACAUCGAUCUCGACACACUGUUUGCGGUGUUGGAGAGAGAUACUCUGGGCGUGCGAGAGGUGCGUUUGUUCGCGGCGGCGGUUCGCUGGGCGGAGGCCGAAACACAUCGACAGCAGCUUCAGCCCACGCCGGAGAACAAGAGACGUGUGCUGGGGAAAGCCCUCAGUCUCAUCCGCUUCCCUCUCAUGACGAUAGAGGAGUUCGCCGCAGGUCCUGCUCAAUCAGCCAUUCUGACGGACCGAGAGGUGGUGAGCCUCUUCCUGCACUUCACGGUGAACCCGAAGCCUCGCGUGGAGUUCAUCGACCGGCCGCGCUGCUGUCUGCGGGGCAAAGAGUGCAGCAUCACGCGCUUCGGGCAGGUGGAGAGCCGCUGGGGCUACAGCGGGACCAGCGACCGCAUACGGUUCUCUGUAAAUCGCAGGAUAUUUAUUGUGGGUUUCGGGCUUUAUGGAUCUAUACACGGACCUACAGACUAUCAGGUCAACAUACAGAUCAUCCACACCGACAGCAACACGGUUCUGGGCCAGAACGACACCGGCUUCAGCUGCGACGGGUCGGCCAACACGUUCAGGGUCAUGUUCAAGGAACCGGUGGAGGUUCUGCCCAAUGUCAAUUACACCGCCUGUGCCACAUUAAAGGGUCCGGAUUCGCACUACGGCACUAAAGGCAUGAGGAAGGUCACGCACGAGUCGUCCGGCACCGGCACCAAAACCUGCUUCACGUUCUGCUACGCCGCGGGCAACAAUAACGGCACGUCCGUCGAGGACGGCCAGAUCCCAGAAGUCAUCUUCUACACGUAGUCGGAAGACUCGAUCGGCACAUUAUAUUGCACUUGACCGUAACACUGACAGUAACUGUUACAGGAGGAACGCUUGUGUUUAAUAGCUGACUAUGGAGGGCUUAUAUUUACACUGACUGUUAACAGCGAGGGAAUUACUCACCCGUGACCGACUGAGAUGGAGCAAAUGUAUCUUUAUUUUUGUGUAUCGGGUUUUUGCGUCUGGGUCGCGAUUAAAAAAUCUUGCCAAAAAAGCACCUCAUAAUGUGUUCGAGCUUUACAUUUAACUCUAUUAUACAGGGAAAACAUGACUUGAUGUGUAUGCAACUGAUCCCUGCGGAAGUAAUUACUGUACAUAUUUCUGUCACUGAGUUUGGACUGAAAUGGUCUUUUAGAUUAUUAUUUGAAAAGAUAAUUAUAUCAGUUUCCAUGUUGGUCUGGCGGUGUGAUUGUAGACCAGAAGUCUUUGGGAACUUCUUUUCUUUUGUGCCAAGGUCUCCUUAGAUACAUUCAGCACUUAAUUGAACUAGAGGGUGUAAAUCCAUUCAGGAACACAGUAUUUAUUUUCAGGAUGAGCCUCAGUCUGUUCAGGUCACACACGCUGAUGUUUCUUGAUUGUCGAUGGGUCGUUAUAUUGGGUCUUUGUAUGACUGCUCAUGUCCAAUAAAGUUUAACCAUUCUUUACUUUUGAA